GUAACCGAGGUGGAAGCGAAUCAACUGGUGCAGCGCCUUCGAGGUUGCAGUUCGGAUCCAUAUUUGGCUGCAGAUCCACAUGUAAAAGACAGGACCGUGUUGGAUCUCCAAGGGACCUUGGGUGCCCAAGCAACACUCCACAUAUCACAUUGCUCCGCUAAAUACGAAAGAUUUAAUUGCACAUGCAACGCAGAAUAGUAUAGAGAUUAAUUAUAGACAUUAGGG